AUGCUAGCGUCAAAAGUUGAUCGUUUGCUGCAGAUUGUGGCGACUCGAGGGGUUCCAAUUCCCAAGUUGUCAAAUCAAUUGCUGCCAGUUCGCAAUGUAGUGGCGUUCUCUGGAGGUGUAGACUCGUCGUUGACGGCUGCAUUGGUGUUUCAAGUAUUUCCUAUUACAAGCGCCGCAUGUAUUGGGAGAUCCGCAGCUUUGUCUUCUGUGCAAUUUCAACAAGCUCGGAAGGUGGCAUCUCACAUUGGAAUGCCACUAUGGGAGUGUCAUACAGAUGAAGCCAAAUUGGAGGCUUACGUGGCCAAUAAGGGCAAAAGUUGCUACUAUUGCAAAACAACCCUUUACUCAACGCUUAAUCAGGUGACAGAGUUUGCAUGGAAGGAAUUGCAGCAGCAAUUGGAUGUACAAGGAGAGAAGAUGAAGCCGGUGUUGUAUAAUGGCACAAAUGCUGACGAUCUCCUGGACUCUACUCGAGUGGGUUUAAUGGCGGCGUCGGAGUUUAAAGUGGUGAGUCCGUUGAGUGAGCUAACAAAGCAGGAGGUGCGAGAUAUAGCCAAGUACUUGGGACUACCGAAUUGGAAUGCUGCGGCUUCGCCGUGUUUAAGGUCGAGACUGCAGUUUGGAGUUGAGGCGACUCAGCAACAUCUGCAUCAGGUGGAAAAAGCAGAAGACUUUGUGCGAAACUUGAUCCAUCUUGAGCCACAAAUGAGUAUGCGGGUGCGCAUUCUUGCAGGCAACAAGGCUGCGGUUGAACUUGAUAAUGAAAUGCUGGAAAAAGCGGUUAUUCACUUUGACGCCAUCGAUGCUGAACUGCGACAGCUUGGGUUUGACACAGUGGAUGUUCGCGCCUUUCGCUCUGGUAGUUUGAGUGGCUUUAGUGCGAGUGCUGCGCAUGUGCAUUAUGUCCCCGUAAAAUAA